AUGCCUACCAGAUGGCCUGGUUUGAAAAAAGAUCGUCAAAUAGCGAUGCAUAAAGGCUAUCUAAAUUUUGAAGACUUGAUAAACGCACGAGUAAAAUGUAAAAAAGAAUUGCCGCAUUUGUUGGCACAAAUGAACGAAAAGUACUAUCACACUGUUUCUAAUGAGUACUUGCAGGACCUUGAUUUGAGGAAUAACCAGUUCAGCAAUUUAUAUCGCGCACACUACUUUCAUUUACAUGACGAACGCAACUUCUUGAAUAAUAUAUUUCUUGAUAAGAAAGAGCUUACUUUAUUGGUUUAUCCAAACAAGACAACACAUAACUGGAAUUAUUAUUUAGUUAUGGAUGAAUUAACAAGUUUAAAUGAACGGUGGAAGAAUGGAUAUAAGGACGACCUGACAAAUAUUUAUUACGGUAGAAACCUUCUAACAUAUUUAAGGCAUCAUUAUCUAGAAAACGUAUGGGAGGAAUUUAUAAAUCACCCUCCCGAACACCAGCUAUUGGAAGAGGUGAUAAAUUUUAUCAUGCAAUGGCUUCAUCCGGAGAAAAAUGUCUCUUGCUCGUACAUAGAAAUGGACCUGGAGAAUAUCGCACAACAGGUGAUGAAGCACCUUAAAGUUGUGAAUUCCGAUCAUCCAAUAUUCUCGACAUCUCGUGAACAGUUCUCGAGGUGGAAAUGCAAUAAUAUCUAUAAAAAUCAAUGGAACAACAGCGAUGGAAGACAAAUUAUAGAUAUUCUUUUCAACAUACUCUUGUACAAACCAACCUUUGACACAGUUGUACAUUCUUUGAAAUCAGAUCUCUUUCGACAAUACCUAUAUAUUUCUAAGGAUGGUUACAUGAAUAAUGUACCGCUGCCAGUCAUAUUCCAGAGUGUUACAAGAAGACUUGGUAUAUAUUGUGAUCUAGUAUCUUUAUUUAUAGUUGAUCCUGAUAUUAUGGUUUUCGACUCCCUAGUACCAAAUAAUUGGUUAUUAAGAUGGAAGCCAAAAUGUAAUAUAACAAACUCUAAUGACGAACAGUGUCUUUAUAUCCAUCUCGGAGGUGGUGGAACCAUUCUAAAUAAAAAUAACUUGCCAAUAAUUAAUUUUUGUACUUUAGAAUGUCCCAUAAGUUUUAAUAGACAUUCCAAAAUAAAUUUGUUACAGCUGAUGAUAACUUUGGCUGACGAUUAUCUGCUAGCAAUGAAAUUUUCGGAUAAGUAUCAUACUUAUCAUAGCAGAAUGUGUAAUGAUUCCGAUCCAAUGUUCGAAGAAGAUCAUUGGAGGACAAGGUUUCUACAUCUGGUAAAAGAAUGCUUGUCGAACUCACAGUCUCGUUAUAUGAGAGGAAGAGGAGAUGUAUUUAAGUUCGUAGAUGAAUUGGAAAAGGUACCUCAAUAA